UCCUCUCGCGCACAUCAGAAGCACGCAGUCCCGCGCCGAUGGCCUCGUCCGCGAGCGGUGUGGAGGAGGCGCGCGCUGCGGCCCCGGCCCCCACGCCCCUCAAGCUGGUGGGUCUGGUCUGCGUCUUCCUGGCUCUAUGUCUGGAUGUGGGAGCCGUGCUGAGCCCCGCCUGGGUCACCGCGGACCACCAGUACUACCUGUCCCUGUGGGAGGCCUGCUGGAGGCCCGGAGGCUCGAACGCCUGGCAGUGCAGCAGCACGCUGGAUACCGACUGGCAGGUCGCCACGCUGGCACUGUUACACGGAGGAGCCCUCCUCAUCCUCAUCUCCUUCAUGGUGGCCCUGGUCUCGGUGUGCACCUGCAGCCGGAGGCGCUUCUACAGACCCGUCGCCGUCAUGCUGUUCGCCGCAGUUGUGCUGCAGGCCUGUAGCUUGGUCCUCUUCCCCAUCAAGUUCAUCGAGACCAUCAGCCUGCGAAUCUACCACGAGUUCAACUGGGGCUACGGCCUGGCCUGGGGCGCCACCAUCUUCUCGUUCGGGGGAGCCGUCCUGUACUGCCUGAACCCCAAAAACUACGACGACUACUACUGACCCCGCUGCACAAACUACACUACCCACGAUGCACUUUUACAUUCCCUACAGCUCACAGCGCCGAACUUUUAUUCGCUUCCUCGUAAACAAACACGCAGACGGUGCCGGGCUCGUCCGGUCCGGACCCGAUAACCGGUGCGUUCGGUGCUUCUGAUCAGCGACCGAAGUUCAUUCUCAUGAUCCGUUAUCAUCGUUACUCCAUUAAAGCUUCCACUGUC